GUCUGAUGGUCAUUGAAAUAGCAGUUCAGUACAAAUACAAACAAGAAUACCAUAUGUAAAUUUUGUGAGAAGUUCACCAACUUUAUCAAAAAGUGCUAUAGGACCACUGACCUCAUUCUGUACUCAAUCAUCAUCAUAAUCAUAUCAACAGUCUUAUUUCUCAACCAAACCAACCACUGAGCCAUUGCCAGCCCAACAGGAUCCAUUGUCACCAAGAGCCCAUUUGCUAUAGCUUUUAGUAAUAUUUUAUCUACUGAGGAGAGCACUGAGGCAUGGAGUCUAUGCCAAUCUCUGUACUAGUUGAUGGACUUGUUGAUUGUGUAGCCCAGUUAACAAGAAUAGCUGAAGAGCUUUUACAAUUGAUUUCACAGGAACAAGUUUCUUGUGUAGAGCAAAAUGAUAGAGCAGAACAGAUAGGGGCAGAUGCAUAUGCUUUCGAGGAAGCUUCACUACCAGACCUUGCUGACCUCUCAGACUUAGAAUCAAUACUUGCACCAAGAGAAGAUGAAGACCUGUUUGAUGUAGAUCAAGCUAUGUUAGACGCAGAUGAAUUACAUGAAGAUGUACUCUCCGGUAUAAAUGAGGACUUAAAAAGUGAUUAA